UUCUCCCAUUCCUUCUCCUCUAAUCGAACCAAACCAAACCAAACCAAACCAAACUCCCUCUCUGUUCCUUCUUCUGCAAUUCUUCUUCCACUCUUCCCUUCAUUCAAUCUCUCUGUAACUCCCAACAAUGGCCAAUUCUCUCUCCCCUGGUAUGAUUAAGGAUCUUUCCAAAGGAUUUGAAGGGAAAUGUGAAGCUAAAGACUCCCUUGUAGUUUGCUUUGGGGAAGUUUUGAUAGAUUUUGUGCCAACAGUAGGUGGAGUUUCACUUGCUGAAGCUCCGGCUUUCAAGAAAGCCCCUGGUGGUGCUCCUGCAAAUGUGGCUGUUGGCAUGUCAAGGCUUGGUGGCUCCUCAGCUUUCAUUGGCAAGGUAGGUGAUGAUGAGUUUGGAUAUAUGUUGGUAGACGUUUUGAAACAAAACAAUGUGGAUUGUUCUGGAGUGCGGUUUGACUCGAAAGCAAGGACAGCUCUGGCAUUCGUCACGCUUCGAGCAGAUGGCGAACGUGAAUUUCUUUUCUUUCGCCACCCAAGUGCUGAUAUGCUUCUCACCGAACGUGAACUCGAGGUUAAAGUUAUUGAGCAGGCGAAGAUCUUCCAUUAUGGAUCAAUUAGUUUGAUUGAUGAACCAAGCAAGUCAGCUCAUCUAGCUGCACUGAAACUUGCAAGAAAAUCUGGCUGCCUUCUCUCUUAUGAUCCCAACUUGAGAUUGGCUUUGUGGCCUUCACCGGAGGCGGCUCGGGAUGGCAUCAUGAGCAUCUGGGAUCAAGCUGACAUUGUUAAGAUAAGUGAGGAUGAAAUUACUUUCUUGACUGGUGGAGACGAUCCCUACGAUGAUAACGUAGUGUUGAAAAAGCUUUUUCGUCCGAAUUUCAAGCUUUUAAUUGUGACCGAAGGGCCACACGGCUGUAGAUAUUAUACUCAAAAAUUUCGAGGCAGGGUUGCUGGUAUCAAAUCCAACUCGGUCGACACAACCGGUGCAGGCGAUGCAUUCGUGAGCGGGAUAUUGUUCGGCUUAGCUUCUGAUUUGAGCAUCUUUCAGGACGAGCAACGGCUCCGAGACGCUCUACGCUUUGCAAAUGCGUGCGGUGCCCUCACCGUGAUGGAGAGAGGAGCCAUCCCCGCUCUACCAACGAAAGAAGCUGUCGAAAACUUGUUAUCCAAAGCCACCUCUGUAUGAUAACAGCCCUUUUCUUGGUGUGUUUGCUUUGUUUCAAUUAGGCCAAUGUAAUUUGAGUUUCCUUCCUGGUUGGUUGAAUUAGCUUUGACCUCAUUUUAAAUUGUUUGCAACAGCACCAUGUCUUCUAAUAAAUGCUAUAUCCUUCUUGUUCA